UUUUUAUUCCCUGAGCGAAACGAGUAGUCUUUUUUUGAUUUUUUUCUCUUAGUGGGUUCUCUUGAAGGCCCGAAUGCAGCUAGGUAUUUCUACAAAAUUCGGAACAAAUUAAAAUUACGCAAAGCAAUCGUUUCGCUGAUCUGAACUGAAGUAGAACUCCACAGGGUUCGUCGUUCUUUCUCUCUAAUUUCCGCCCAGCUCAAUCUCAACCGCUUGAUGGCUGACUCCAUCAAACACCAUCGUGAUCAAUAAAUCUGCGUAGUCUUCAUCCUCCKUGCCUUCUCACUCCCUUCUUCAUCUAAAUUCGAUUCUGCAAAUCACCUUUAAUCGCAGGCGUGUCACUGGGUUCAGCUCAUCGGAAGCAUUUCAUACGAUGGCACCAGCGAGGGGCAUCCUCCGUCUUCAACGAACAGCAUUGGCAAGGAGUUAUACUGAUAGGUGGGGGAUAGGGUUGAGAGCAUUUAGCAAUCAGGGUGCUGCAGCUACCAGCAGUCCUCAGCCUCCCYCACCUCCUCCACCUCCAGAGAGAACUCAUUUUGGCGGCCUGAAGGAUGAGGACCGAAUCUUUACCAACUUGUACGGUUUAAAUGAUCCCUUUCUCAAAGGUGCCAUGAAACGUGGAGAUUGGUACAGAACGAAAGAUUUAGUACUCAAGGGUGCUGAUUGGAUUGUCAAUGAAGUCAAGAAGUCUGGUCUCCGAGGUCGUGGAGGUGCUGGAUUUCCAUCUGGACUCAAAUGGUCAUUCAUGCCCAAGCUAUCUGAUGGUCGCCCUUCCUAUCUUGUUGUCAAUGCUGAUGAAAGUGAACCGGGAACCUGUAAGGACAGGGAAAUCAUGCGGCAUGAUCCGCACAAACUCUUGGAAGGUUGUCUGAUUGCUGGAGUAGGGAUGAGGGCUACUGCAGCUUACAUAUACAUCAGAGGUGAGUAUGUAAAUGAACGAAAGAACCUUGAAAGGGCCAGAAAAGAGGCUUAUGAAGCUGGAUUUUUGGGCAAGAAUGCAUGUGGAUCUGGUUAUGAUUUUGAUGUUCAUAUCCACUUUGGUGCUGGUGCUUACAUUUGUGGCGAAGAAACAGCUCUAUUGGAAAGCCUUGAAGGGAAACAAGGGAAGCCAAGAUUGAAACCUCCUUUUCCUGCUAAUGCAGGWUUAUAUGGAUGUCCUACCACCGUCACAAAUGUGGAGACAGUGGCUGUUUCUCCCACCAUUUUGAGGCGUGGACCAGAAUGGUUUGCCAGUUUUGGAAGGAAGAACAACUCUGGUACAAAGUUGUUUUGUAUAUCAGGACAUGUGAAUAAGCCUUGCACUGUUGAAGAGGAAAUGAGUAUUUCACUGAAAGAACUAAUUGAAAGGCACUGUGGAGGGGUUAGAGGUGGAUGGGACAACUUGCUUGCUGUAAUUCCUGGAGGUUCUUCCGUUCCGUUGCUUCCCAAGCACAUUUGUGAUGAUGUGCUUAUGGAUUAUGAUGCACUAAAGGCUGUUCAGUCUGGAUUGGGCACUGCAGCUGUAAUUGUCAUGGAUAAAUCGACUGAUGUUGUCGAUGCUAUUGCUAGGCUCUCUUAUUUUUACAAGCAUGAAAGCUGUGGACAGUGCACUCCCUGCAGAGAAGGUACAGGAUGGCUGUGGAUGAUAAUGGAAAGAAUGAAAGUUGGAAAUGCAAAGCUGGAAGAGAUCGACAUGCUACAAGAGGUUACCAAGCAGAUUGAAGGGCACACCAUUUGUGCCCUUGGUGAUGCUGCGGCUUGGCCUGUGCAGGGUCUUAUAAGGCAUUUUAGGCCUGAGCUUGAAAGAAGGAUCAGAGAACGUGCAGAACGGGAGUUGAUCGAGGCUGCUGCAUAGGUAUUCUCAUUCAGGAGAGUGGAUGAUGUUAGAAGCCAUUUAAAAUUUCACAGCUGACUUGCAAUGGAGUGUACUUCUUUAUCUCAUCUACAUCAAAUUACAGAACGUGACUUCUUUCUUGUUCUUCAUAUAUUGGAAAGCAGGUGAAUUCAUUACGCAGCUUUCCAACUUGGAAAUGCCUAUUGUAGUCAUCAUCACUGAUAAAAUGUCUCUAGAUUUUUUUUCUCUUGUUUUUUUCUACUAUGAUUUUGUGGGUGAAGCAAAGGGCAGACACAGAAAUUAGCGACUGAUGAACUUAAACUCUCGAUAGCUGUUGAUCACCGUCUUGUUUGAGUAAAGAGGCCGUAGAAUUUUGUUUCUCAUCUAAAACAGAAAAGCCAAACAAAAAUCAUUGGACUUUUAGUGGUUUUCUUUCCGAAGAUUUUAUCAAAUCCAAUAUGGUUAGAUGUUUUCACUUCUUCUGGGUGAUUAUUUUUUCUCUUCAGCAGUAUAUGCUGCAAUGAAGAGGGGCUCAUUUCUCUUACAAUUUCUUUAACAUUGAUGUGUAGAGGUGUGAACAUUUUUGUUUCCAUUGCUAUUCUAUUCAAGUGUCAUAU